UCAAGGUCGCUUAUUAUUAUCACCUAGAAUCGUAGGUAGUUGUUAUUUUAAGUGCAUUGUGGUGUUUAAUUCGAGUUUCGCAAUGGACGAAGAAACCGCUUUAUUCGCCGAGCGGUAUUUGAAUGAAACCGAAGCCAACCGGGCGGCCUGUUUGGCCGAAAUCAAAUCCUGGUUGAAGGACCGCGGGGAUUUACACGCCCGAACGGAGGACGCCUACCUGCUGGCCUUCCUGCGGGGCUGCAAGUUCGACGUGGAAAAGACCAAGAAGAAGCUAACCAACUACUACACGAUGCGCAGGAACGUUCCCGAAUGGUUCGACGACAGAGACCCCCGCUCGAAAACCGUACAAGAUUUGGUGAAUUUGGGCGUUUUCGUGCCUUUGAGAAGCACGCAGGAUAAAAGAUUGGUGGUGAUUAUAAGGGUGGCCGUACACGAUCCGGACGUGCACAAGCAGGACGACGUGUUCAAAACGGGCAACAUGCUGAUGGACGUGGCCGCUUUGGAGGACGUCGUGUCCGCCCAAAUCUACGGCGUGACGGCCGUCUUCGAUUUGGCGGGCGUCGACUUUCGGCACGCCAAGCAACUGACGCCCGCCAUGAUCAAAAAGGCCGUGUUCUCGUGGAGGAACUACCACGUCAGGCCCAAGCAGCUCGAGUUCGUCAACGUUCCUGGUACGGUGGGCGUCGUUUUGUCGAUUUUCAAGAGUUUCAUGUCGGAGAAGAUGAGGAAUCGAGUUAGAGUGCAUUCGAGCGGCCUGGAAUCAUUGCAUGGGGUGAUAGACAAGGGUAUUUUACCGCCGGAAUACGGGGGAACCGGGGAAAGCGUGAAACAGCUCGUAGACUAUUGGAGAGAGAAGCUGUUAAGUUACACGGAUUGGUUUAUCGAAGAUCAAAAGUACAAAGCGGACUAACUAUUAAUUCAAUUUACGUGGUGACUUGAUUUAUAUAUUUUUUGUUGAGAAAAAAAUAAAAAAAAUAGGGGACACCCGGGUUUGAACCGGGGACCUCUCGAUCUGCAGUCGAAUGCUCUACCACUGAGCUAUAUCCCCGCUUGAUAUAUCGAUUUUACGAGCGUUAUUUAACAAAUAUUUUUAACAAUAUCACAAAAACUACACUUAUCUUAUAAAAAAACUAUAUUA